GUCAGUCUCACAUCUUCCCAAAGCAUCAUUCCAUCCAUACCACAAGGACCCACACCCAUCUCUAACUGCCUUCUCCUUCUCAACGAAAGAUAGAUCCAUUCGCUUGUGACGAGUCCGGCAAACUGGGGAAGCGCAAACUUUCCUGCGACGGGGACUCCCUGCCUCCUCAGUGCAAGAAGAUGACUGAACAGAGGCUCCCCGAAGUCGACCUGGUCACCAGGAUGCAGGUCGACGAGUCCGUGGUUGGGAACAACGACAUCGAUGAGUCUCUCUACAGCCGACAGCUCUAUGUCUUGGGACACGAGGCCAUGAAGCGCAUGGGCGCUUCCAACGUGCUCAUCGUCGGACUCAAGGGCCUCGGUGUCGAGAUAGCCAAGAACGUCGCCCUCGCUGGCGUCAAGAGCUUGACCCUCCACGAUCCUGCCCCUGUGGCUAUCGCAGAUCUGUCCUCCCAGUUCUUCCUACGCCCUGAUGAUGUCGGCAAGCCCCGGGAUGCAGUCACCGCGCCCCGGGUUGCCGAGCUGAACGCAUACACCCCAGUCAGCGUACACAAGUCUUCCGGGCUUGCCGAAAGCCUCUCCGAGCUCGACAAGUACCAGGUCGUUGUCCUAACCGGCGCUCCCCUCACAGAACAGCUUGCGAUCGGCGACUACUGUCACUCGAAAGGCAUCUACUUCAUCACCGCGGACACCUUUGGCCUAUUCGGCAACAUCUUCUGCGAUUUCGGAGACAAGUUCUCGGUUAUCGAUGCGACCGGCGAGAACCCCCAGAACGGCAUCAUAGCUGGUGUCGACGAUGAGGGUGUUGUGUCCGCCCUCGACGAGACCCGCCACGGCCUUGAGGACGGAGACUAUGUGACAUUUUCCGAAAUCGAGGGCAUGGAGGGUCUAAACAACUCUGAGCCACGAAAGAUCACAGUGAAGGGCCCAUAUACUUUCUCUAUUGGCGAUGUCUCGGGUCUGGGCCAGUACAAGCGGGGAGGUCUGUUCCAACAAGUCAAGAUGCCCAAGAUCCUGAAUUUCAAGAGCAUCACACAGUCGCUGGCAGAACCCGAAUUCCUUGUGUCUGACUACGCCAAGUUUGAUCGCCCACAGCAACUUCACAUUGGAUUCCAAGCCCUGCAUGCGUUUGUCCAAACUCAAGGCCACCUGCCGAGGCCGAUGAACAAGGACGAUGCUGCCGUGGUGGUCAAGUCCGCAGAAGCCUUUGCCAAGAAGACGGGUGUCGAUGUCGAGCUUGACGAGAAGCUUUUGACCGAGCUCAGCUACCAGGCCACGGGAGACCUGAAUCCCAUGGCUGCUUUCUUUGGCGGACUUGCUGCUCAGGAGGUUCUUAAAGCAGUCUCGGGCAAAUUCCACCCGGUGCAGCAGUGGAUGUACUUCGACUCCUUGGAAUCGCUUCCUCAAGGCUUUAAGAGGUCUGAGGAACUGUGUGCGCCCACCGGCAGCCGCUACGAUGGACAGAUAGCAGUCUUUGGCAAGGAGUACCAGGAAAAGAUAUCGAACAUCAAGCAGUUCCUCGUUGGCGCCGGAGCCAUCGGUUGUGAGAUGCUCAAGAACUGGGCUAUGAUUGGUCUGGGUACUGGACCCAAGGGCCAGAUCACUAUCACUGAUAUGGACUCGAUCGAGAAGAGUAACCUGAACCGGCAGUUCUUGUUCCGACCAAAGGAUGUGGGCAAGAUGAAGAGCGACUGUGCAGCUGCCGCCGUUCAGCUUAUGAAUCCGGACCUGAGAGAUCACACAGUCUGUUUGAAAGACCGUGUCAGCCCAGAAACCGAGGAGAUCUUCAACGAGGACUUCUGGAACGGCCUGGAUGGCGUCACCAAUGCUCUGGACAACGUCGAGGCAAGAACAUACGUUGACCGUCGUUGUGUCUUCUUCAAGAAGCCCCUCCUCGAGAGUGGCACACUGGGUACGAAGGGCAACACACAAGUUGUCCUGCCCGGUAUUACGGAGUCGUACUCAUCUUCGGUCGACCCACCUGAGCAGUCAUUCCCGAUGUGUACACUGCGAAGUUUCCCCAACAAGAUCGAGCACACGAUCGCCUGGGCGCGCGAGCUUUUCGAGACCAACUUCGUCAAACCGGCUGAGACGGCGAACUUAUACCUCACAAAACCGGAUUACCUCAAGACCACGCUGGCACAAGGUGGCGAUCAGAAGACCACCCUGACGGUGCUCCGCGACUAUCUGAAGAACGAGCGCGCUCUCACGUUUGAGGACUGCGUGAGCUGGGCCCGCAUGGUAUUUGAGAAGCAGUACAAUAACGCCAUCCAACAAUUGCUUUACAACUUCCCCAAGGACUCCGUGUCGUCCAGUGGGCAGCCUUUCUGGUCUGGCCCUAAGCGAGCUCCGGAUGCGCUGAAGUUCGAUAUCAACGACCCAACCCACUACCAAUUCCUCGUCGCGGCAACCAACCUGCAUGCUUUCAACUACAAUAUCAAUGUGCGGGACAAGGACCGCGCUGCAUAUGAGGCUGCGUUGGAGUCGAUGAUCGUCCCAGACUUCACUCCAGACCCCGGUGUCAAGAUUCAGGCCGACGACAAGGAGCCAGACCCCAACAAGGACGCAUCAGGGGCCUUUGGGGACGAUGCAGAACUUGAGAAGAUCGCAGCCGAGAUCCCUGACCCCAAGUCGCUGGCAGGGUUCAAGCUCACGCCAGUCGAGUUUGAGAAGGACGAUGAUACCAACUACCACAUCGAUUUCAUCACGGCAGCAAGCAACCUGCGGGCGAUGAACUACAAGAUCGAGACGGCAGAUCGCCACAAGACCAAGUUCAUUGCUGGCAAGAUCAUUCCGGCAAUCGCGACCACCACUGCGUUGGUGACUGGCCUGGUUGUCUUGGAGUUGUACAAGAUCGUGGAUGGGAAGACGGACGUGGAGCAGUACAAGAAUGGAUUUGCCAACCUGGCCCUUCCUUUCUUUGGCUUCAGCGAGCCCAUAGGCAGCCCCAAGGUCACCUGGAAGGGGCGCAAUGGCGAGGAGCAAAAGAUGGACAAGAUCUGGGACCGAUUCGAGGUCAAGAAUAUUACACUGAAGGAGCUCAUUGAGGUUUUCGAGGCGCGGGGCCUCGAAAUAUCCAUGGUGAGCUCAGGCGUGAGCCUGCUCUAUGCGAUAUUCUUCCCCCCGGCCAAGAAGAACGAGCGUCUCGCGAUGAAGCUCUUCGACCUCAUCGAGUUCGUGUCCAAGAAGCCAGUCCCAGCGCAUCAGAAGUCCGCCAUAUUCGAGGUCGUCACCGAGGACGCGGACGGAGAGGACGUUGAGGUGCCAUACGUGAUGGUUACGCGGGAGUGAACAAGCACGUGCUGUUGGAGUGGCCGGGAGUAGCAGGCUGCCAUGGGAAACAUACAAUUAGGAGAGCAUAUCAAGAUAGAAUGGUUGCGACGGUUUUCAUUGAUGGGUUCUAUCAGAGGUGUGAGUGAGUGCGUGUGUGCGCAAGUUUUGACCUAGUCGACAGAACAAAGAACUUAGAAGAUUAACCAGAACAAUCCACGUCUUGAACAAUUAA